UCCUCUUCUCUAAUCUCAACAAAGAAAACGAUUCAAAAGGAGAAGAAAGACAAAUCUUGUAACUUAGUCAAUCAAAUGGCAACCAAGGCUAUCUUCUUCUUUGUCUCCGCCUUGUGCCUGUCGUCUCUAGCCGGCAAGGCUAUGGCCGAUGCCGAUGACUUUGACAGUUUCAAAAUUCAGGGAUCGGUUUACUGUGACACAUGCCGUGUCCAAUUCGUUACCCGUCUCAGCAAAUUCCUUGAAGGAGCGAAAGUGAAGCUAGAGUGCAGGAGCAGAACAAACGGAACCGUUGCGUUGACAAAAGAAGCGGUGACAGACAAAACAGGCAGCUACACAAUGGAAGUGACCGGUGACCACGAGGAGGAAGUCUGCGAGCUCGUUCUCCUCCAGUCACCUGACAGUGCUUGCAGUGACGUCAGCCAAGAUGCUUACUUACGUAACGCCGCUAAGGUUAGCCUGACGGCAAAUGACGGUAUCGUCUCUCACGAGACACGUAUCGUUAACCCUCUCGGUUUCAUGGUUAAGACGCCGUCAGCUGAAUGUCCCGCCGCUUUUAAGGAGCUCGGAAUCGUUCCUGACGUCACCUUCUAAAUAUGAUUACGACUUCUAUCUCAGAGAUCGUUAUUUUACUGCAUCAUCAAUUGUUUGUUUUCUUAUAUGUAAAAGUGUAAUAUGAUAAAAUACAAAAAUGGGUAAUUAAAAUAAUUAAUUAAACUUUCCGAGCAAAUUAAACUAAUGUCAUUAUAUAGAGAAAUGAUGCAGAUCUUGUCUCUUUUUGAAAUUUUGUAAGUUUCUAUAUAUUAAACUGAGUUCAUCUGGA